GGUUCGGGCUGCAGCCCACGCGGUGGCGCUGUCGGGAGAGGACGCCUCAGCUCAGAAGUACUGAAGUCCUAAUAUCACCAAUUCUUCUAAGUUCCUGGACAUUGAUCCGGAGGAGGAUUCUGCAGUUCAACACCAAGGUCCCUGUGCAUUUUAUUGCGACCUGCCGGUGGGAACUUUGUCUCCGAGUCGGAGCAGCAUGGAGCGGCGGAGCGAGAGCCCGUGUCUGCGGGACAGCCCCGACCGGCGGAGCGGCAGCCCCGACGUCAAGGGUCCUCCCCCGGUGAAGGUGGCCCGGCUGGAGCAGAACGGCAGCCCCAUGGGAGCCCGCGGGAGGCCCAACGGCGCCGUGGCCAAGGCCGUGGGAGGUUUGAUGAUUCCGGUCUUUUGUGUGGUAGAGCAGUUGGACGGCUCUCUUGAAUUUGACAACAGGGAAGAACACGCGGAGUUUGUCCUGGUUCGCAAGGACGUGCUUUUCAGCCAGCUGGUGGAGACCGCGCUCCUGGCCCUGGGCUACUCCCACAGCUCCGCGGCGCAGGCACAAGGAAUAAUCAAGCUUGGGAGGUGGAACCCUCUCCCCCUCAGUUAUGUGACAGAUGCACCCGAUGCGACAGUGGCCGACAUGCUGCAAGAUGUCUAUCACGUUGUGACGUUGAAAAUCCAAUUACAAAGUUGUUCGAAGUUGGAAGACUUGCCUGCGGAACAGUGGAACCACGCCACGGUCCGCAAUGCCUUAAAGGAACUGCUCAAAGAGAUGAACCAGAGCACGUUAGCCAAAGAAUGCCCUCUCUCCCAGAGUAUGAUCUCAUCCAUUGUAAAUAGCACAUAUUAUGCCAACGUGUCAGCAACCAAGUGCCAGGAGUUUGGGAGAUGGUAUAAGAAGUACAAGAAGAUUAAAGUGGAAAGAGUGGAACGAGAAAACCUUUCAGACUAUUGUGUUCUGGGCCAGCGUCCAAUGCAUUUACCAAAUAUGAACCAGCUGGCAUCCCUGGGGAAAGCCAACGAACAGUCUUCUCAUAGCCAAAUCCACCACAGUACUCCAAUCCGAAACCAAGUGCCCGCGUUACAGCCCAUCAUGAGCCCUGGUCUUCUUUCUCCCCAGCUCAGUCCACAACUUGUCAGGCAACAAAUCGCCAUGGCCCAUCUGAUAAACCAACAGAUUGCCGUUAGCCGGCUCCUGGCUCACCAGCAUCCUCAAGCCAUCAACCAGCAGUUCCUGAACCAUCCACCCAUUCCCAGAGCAGUUAAGCCAGAGCCAACCAACUCUUCUGUGGAAGUAUCUCCAGAUAUCUACCAGCAAGUCAGAGAUGAGCUGAAGAGGGCCAGUGUGUCCCAAGCUGUCUUUGCAAGAGUGGCAUUCAAUCGCACACAGGGAUUGUUGUCUGAGAUUCUGCGUAAGGAAGAAGACCCUCGGACAGCAUCUCAGUCUCUUUUAGUAAACCUGAGGGCUAUGCAGAAUUUCCUCAAUCUGCCGGAAGUGGAGCGGGACCGCAUAUACCAGGAUGAGAGAGAGCGGAGCAUGAACCCCAAUGUGAGCAUGGUCUCAUCGGCCUCCAGCAGUCCCAGCUCCUCCCGAACCCCUCAGGCCAAAACCUCGACACCGACAACAGACCUUCCCAUUAAGGUGGACGGCGCCAACGUCAACAUCACAGCUGCCAUUUAUGAUGAGAUCCAACAGGAGAUGAAAAGGGCCAAGGUGUCUCAAGCCCUGUUUGCCAAAGUGGCUGCAAAUAAAAGUCAGGGCUGGCUGUGUGAACUGCUCCGCUGGAAGGAGAACCCCAGCCCAGAAAACCGCACCCUCUGGGAGAACCUCUGUACCAUCCGUCGCUUCCUGAACCUUCCCCAACACGAGAGGGAUGUGAUUUAUGAGGAGGAAUCGAGGCACCAUCACAGCGAGCGCAUGCAGCACGUGGUCCAGCUUCCCCCUGAGCCAGUGCAGGUCCUUCAUAGACAGCAGUCUCAGCCAGCCAAGGAGAGCUCCCCUCCCAGAGAAGAAGCGCCUCCCCCGCCUCCUCCGGCUGAAGACAGUUGCACCAAAAAGCCUCGGUCUCGCACAAAGAUCUCUUUGGAAGCCCUCGGGAUCCUCCAAAGCUUCAUCCAUGAUGUGGGCCUGUACCCUGACCAGGAAGCCAUCCACACUCUUUCUGCUCAGCUGGAUCUCCCCAAACACACCAUCAUCAAGUUCUUCCAGAACCAGCGGUACCACGUGAAGCAUCAUGGGAAGCUCAAGGAACACCUGGGCUCGGUGGUGGACGUGGCUGAGUAUAAGGACGAGGAGCUGCUGACAGAGUCGGAGGAGAAUGACAGCGAGGAAGGCUCGGAGGAGAUGUACAAAGUGGAGGCUGAGGAGGAGAAUGCGGAGAAGAGCAAGGCUGUGCCUGCUGAAAUUGACCAGAGAUAAUGUGAACUGCCACCAGGCAAAG